UUUAGCACUCUUCUGGUCUUAACCAGGCCCAGACCCCAGCAGCUAGUUGCAGCUGUUAACUGGCACCUGAAAACUGGGCUGUGGGGAAGAAGCAAAAAAACAUCCAAUAUAUCACUUGACAGCAAAACUGAGGUGUGAGGACAGGAAACAGAGAAACAAGUCACUGAUCAAAGGUGUUGAGGAAAGCAGGAGGUGCCCGGAAAUGGAUGUCCAACGGCUGGAAAUUCCUGCUGAGCUUGCAGCUCUCCUCCGCUUGGCUCAGGAUCACAAUCAUGCUCAGAGUAAUCAAGUCACUGAGGUUUCUCUUCCAGAAGUCAAAGCAAAGGGUACUUUCUCUCUCCCUCCUGACAUCAACAACUUUCCUUUCUCUACCUUUGUGAGAACUCACUUCCAGGAUGUGAGUUUCCCUGCCCUUGGACAGCCGCUGCAAGAGCCUUUGACCCAGCUCCACGCUGAGCACAGACAACAUGCUCUACAGCUCAACAAGCUGAUCCUGCGAUUCAUCAAUGACAGGGAUUUGCAGGGCUUCCACGAACAGCUUCUAGGAAACUACGUAGCAAGCCAGGGGCUAGCCAGCCUCCCCCUGCGCAAUGAGCUGCUGAGCCAGGUGGCCACCCAGCUGUGGAAGAACUCAGAUCUGGAGCAAUGCCAGCGAGGCUGGGUGUUGAUGGCCACUCUCCUGAGUGCCUUCACGCCUUCCCCAGCUCUGGAGAAACCUCUGCUGAAGUUUGUGUCAGAUCAUGGUCUGGAGGGCUACAAUGGAAGGUGCCAGCACAAACUCUUGACAUCCAUGAAGCAGGCGGAGAGUCACUCAGCGUUGUCCCGCAGUUUCCCCCCCACCCGCCUGGAGUGGACUGCCAACCAGCGGAAAGGCAAGAUGGUGCUGGAGGUCUGCACUCAUAAAGAGGAGAGGAUUUCAGCAGAAGUAGAAUCUUGGACCACAGGAGAGCAAUAUGCAGGCUGGAUCCUGAGCUCAAGGGGUCUGGAUACAGUCCCUCGUGGAUGGUCCGUGUCAAUGUUCAAAGGCAGUCAGUGGCAGGACUUGGCAGGCUGUGAUUUUGUGUUGGAUCUCAUUGGUGAAAUGGAGGAAGUAAAUUGUCCUUCUCAGUUCUCCUCUGAUUAUCCUAUUAUCCCUGAGAGGGAUGCGAGCUAUUCCCAAGAGAACUCUCCAGAUGGGAUGUCCUUGGAUAUCCCUCCUGCACCAACCUUUAAGGCGCCUCCCUUCCCCCCACCUUCCCUGCCUCCCAUGUUUGGCAAGGCUGUCCAUCCAGACAUCAUGGAUAGUCCAAUGCCCCCUAGAGAACUGGAUCACUAUGUGGAUGGCCUCUUUAAACCCCUGCUACAUGCUGGCUCCAGAACUCAUAUGUCAGACAUGGAAAGUGAGGCAAGCCUGACUAGUCGUAUGAAAGGAGGUGGGAAAAUUGGACCUAUGCAUCAAGGAGUCUAUUCAGGUUACCCAGGAAUGAUGAACAUACCAGCUUAUCCAUCUGUGCCAGUUGUGGGAGGAAUGAUGCCAGCCACAAUGCCAGGAAUGGCAGGAAUGCCAGGAAUGGCAGGAAUGCCAGGAAUGCCAGGAAUGCCAGGAAUGCCAGGAAUGGGAUCGGUGCCAGCUAUGAUGAUGACUCAGCCCAUGGUACCAUCAGUGGAUCCUAACCAGGCAAUGGUACAGCAACAAUCUGUCAUCAACCAACAAGCCUUGCUUCUGGCUCAGCAGAUGACACUUCAAGCCAUGAAAAUUUCAGAACAGGAGCAGCAGCAGCAACAGCAGCAUAGAUCUCCUGAGUUUUCAAGCCCAAAGCAAUUAUCUUCACAAAGAUCACAUGAAUAUUCAAGACAAAGACAGGUCUCACCACACAAUUCACCUAAAUUGUCAAGGCCAAGACGAGCAUCACCAAAGAGGAGGUCACCUUCAAGUCGAAGGCGAGCAUCAUCAGAAAGCUCACCUGAAUCUCCAAGAUCAAGACGAGUAUCACCAAGGAAGAGAUCACCUAAAUCUACAAGGUCAAGACGACUAUCACCAAAGAGGAGGUCACCUGAAUCCUCAAGAUCAAGACGAAUAUCACCAAAAAGGAAGUCACCUGAACCUUCAAGCCCAAAGGAAACAUUACUCCUCAAGAGAUCUUGUGAACGUUCAAGAACAAAAAAAGCAUCAACACAGGAACAGCCUUCUGAAUCUUCAAGACCAGUCCAGGAUUCUUCUCCUCCUCCUCCUCCUCCAUCUCAGCCAGUUUCAGCAUCUGAUGAUAUGAGCGCCAAGAGCAGCAACAAAAAUGAGCCAAUGCCUGACCCAUCAGAAUCGCCACUUCCACCACCAGUGCCGAUCCACAUCUUUGAAGAAACUUCGCCUGCAGACAUCAGAGCUGAUUCUCUCUCUCGAGGGACUUUUCAAAAGAAAGUCGAGUACUUCCAAAAACUGGGAUACCAAACAAUUCCAGUGAAGCAAGUAAUUUCCCCUUCAAAAAGCCGUACAAUAAAAGAACAGUCAGAGGACUCAAGUGCCAGCCAAGAAUCAAAUUCAGGUUUUCCACCUCCUACACAAAUGGAAAAUGAUCAGAAGAGGAAAUUCCUCAAUAUGAAUCCUGAACAGCCUGAACCAAGCCAGGAGAUACGGAACAUUAUUAAAACCCACAAGAAUCGUCCAGUGCCACCACCAAAACCCAUCAUGCCUGUCAGAAACCUCUCUAAAUCUUUUAUGAAGAAGUGUGACCCAAAGGACGAAGCUCUAACAAAACUGGGGAUUGUAGGGUUGGGUCAUUCAUCGCUAUCCUCUGAAAAAAUUAAACCAUCACCACCUCCACCACCAGUCAAACCAUCCAAUUCCAUCAAAGAAAAACAACUGGCUCUCGUGGAUGUUUCUGGCCAUCCUGGCUUAGUGCUUCCUCCCCCCCCUCCUGGGCCACCACCUUCCUUUCCUUCAGAUUCUGUCACAGAUGAAGCUGGCAUGGAAGAUUCAGCUAGGACAGUGUUGGAAGAAGCCGGUGUCAAAACGCAGCUCUUCAAUCUCUCGGCUAGUGUCAGCUUCUCCUACACUAAUCCUUCAUGGAAACUCUUCUUGCGGAAAGAGGUUUUUUAUCCCAGAGAAAAUUUCAGUCAUCCUUACUGCUUGAAUCUGUUAUGUGACCAGAUCUUGAGAGAUACUUACUCCAAUUCUUGCAUUCGAAUUUCCAGAGAGGAGAGGCGCAAGAUGAAAGACCUGUUAGCGGAAUUCCAAGUGGGCAUGGAUGUCAGCUCCAUUACAGAAGAAGGGAUAAAGAAAAGAAUUGUGGUGGCUGCUCGUGAUAACUGGGCCAGCUAUUUCUCUCGCCUUUUCCCAGUAAAAGGAGAAAAUGGAAGUGAUGUCCAGAUACUGGGUGUUUCUCACCGGGGAGUGCAGCUGUUGAAGAAAUCCAAAGAAGCCAGUUUCAGUCCCGAACAGCUGAAAAUCCUUUGCAGCUUUAGUUAUGCAGAUGUGCUCUCCUUGGAGCUGAUGGGUCAGACUAUCCUUCAAUUCUCUCUGAAGAAUGAGCAGCUCAUACUUCACUCUCAAAAAGCCCAGCAGAUUAAGGUUACGGUGGAAAUCUUCCUCAGAGAACUGAAACAGGAUUCCAACUAUGUCAUUGCUAUGCGUAGCUAUAUCACAGAUGACAAGAGCCUCUUAAAUUUCAAGAAAGGUGACUUCAUUCGACUACUUCCCAUGAAGGGACUGGAGCCAGGUUGGCAGUUUGGUUCUAUCGGUGGGCGCUCUGGCCUUUUCCCUUCUGGAAUGGUGCAGGUUGUGGCAGCUCCCGAUUACCUCAACCUCCACAUGAAUCAACAGGAAGAAGUCCGAACAGGCUGGAAGAAAAACACACAGGAGAGAACAGUUAACAAAGAGAAUUCUACUUCCAGCACAGAGUCAGAAGUUACCAGCCCUAGCACACCUAUAAACCCUCCGGAUAUUUGCCACUACACUAUGAAGGAGUUUGCAAUGGCACAUUUCAGAGAAGCCCAAUCCACGGUAGGAUGGAAGGGCAUGGGUGUUGAGCAGAAGGACCCCGCUCUCUUGGUUCAGCAUACAAAGGUACCAAUCCAAGAAGCUCUCCUGUUCCAUUCUGAUGACGAGUUGAGUGGCUUGGCUACAAAAAAUUUUAUGACUCUGAUGAGGUUCAUGGGAGACCAGCCAGGCCCCAAGAAACAAGAUGAGGUGGAUUAUGCCUAUGAAAUCCUUCAGCUGUGCAAAGAGAAGGAGAAUCUGCACGAUGAGGUUUACUGCCAGGUUAUCAAGCAGAUCACUGAGAACCCGAAUCCAGGCAGUUGUCACCAUGGCUGGCAGCUCCACAGCCUUUUGACUGGAUACUUCCCCCCAUCCAAUACCUUGAUGCCUUAUGUCACCAAGUUUUUGCAACAGACCUGCUUGGAUAAUACCACCCACUGCUCAGGAAUGGCCAGGGAUUGCCUGAGGAACCUGAGGAAAUUGACUUUGUAUGGAGGCCGUCAACACUUGCCAUUCUGUACGGAGAUGAGAGCAUUUCUGAAGGGACGCUGUUCACGCCAGGUAUCAGUCAUCUUACCUGGAGGUCUGGAAUAUAAAGCAGGGAUUAAGACAUUCACGGUUACAGCAGAUGUAUUAAAGGAAAUCUGUGAAUACAUAGGAGUCACAGAGUUGGAGGAGAUCCAAGAAUUUGCCAUCCUAGCCAACAAAGACAAUGGGAAGAUGUUAAGGCCCUUGCAUCAGAAGGAAUAUGUCCAUGACUAUUUGUUAGAAGAAAGUUCAAUAGGACUAAAUUUCUGCAGAAUCACUUGGAAGACUCCUUUGCACCUUGAUAACGAGAUUUACAUCAAAAUUAAUUAUAACCAGGUCUUACAGAAUUAUUUGAAAGGAACACUGUUGCUGGAGCACACUAGUAAACUUGGGCAGCAGCUGGGCACCUUGGCUUUGCUUCAGCACUGGGCCAGAGGAGCUAAAUCAGUCCCUUCCAUAGAGGAACUGAAGGGUUACGUCCCUGAUUCAGUCACCCACAUCAGUUCAGAAAUUAUUCAAAUUGCCAUGGCUUAUCAGCUGGAGACAAUAGAACCACUAGAGCCACUGCAGGCACAAAUACAUUUUAUUGAGCACGUGAUUCAGCUGCCGCUCUUUGGCUAUAAUGUGUACUCUGUGGAGAAGACCAGUGCCCCAGAUAUCCCCACGCCUUGCCUUGUAGGAGUGAACCAGGAGGAGAUCACUGUAGUGGGCAGAGAGGCCCAGAGCUAUCAGGUCAUUCCACUGAAGCAGAUACUCCGGAUGAAAACCUUAUGCCCACUUGGAGUAACCGGCUUUCCGGGCAUAGAAAUCAACUACGGCUCAGUAGAAAAUCCCAAGACAAUCUGGUUUGAGUUACAACAGGCUAAAGCAUUAUAUCAUUUAAUUACUAUCAUCACUGAUGGAGCAGAUUCCCAGAUUUAGUGACAACCAAUACAAGUUGGCUGCAGUAUUUUUCCCCAGUAUUCAACAAAUGCCCAUGCUGUUUUGAUAUGUCUCCUUGCCAAGUGCUUUCUCUCCAAGAAGAAGCGUGCUAUGGAAACUUCAUUUAUUCGAACCACCACCCACCAUUCUCAUAUCAUCUUCCCUGCAUUACUUCCAGCCCUUGGACUUGCAGACAGCAAAAGCAGCUUCUCAACUUCAAGCAGUACAAAUAUACUAUAGUAGCUUUGGAGUAUCUUUGGGUGGUGCACCGAACACCAUAUUCACAACAGCAUUGCCGGUUCUCCCUCUUUCGAACACAGAGAAAACUUAGGUUAGUACUGUAUUACAAGUAUAGGUGGUAUUAAAGUUCUAUUCAACAUGCAACAGCUGCUCUGUUAGAAAAGAUUAUUCCUCUCUGAUACCCGUUUACUGUAUUUGCAUCUAAAUUAUUUAAAUGUGUCCAGAACAGUAAAAGUACAAAUCAUUAGA